AUGGAUGAUCGGAGGACGUAUCCCGACUCUCCUUAUCUCAAGCUUCGAAAUGGCACCGGUUUCUUGGCGAUCGGGUUUCGUUUGCGAAUCGACGGCCGUGAUCGUCUGCAAAUUUCUCCGGACGAUCGGGUGUCAGAUCGGAAAAUCGGAAGUGGGAAUCAUCGUCAGCGCGUCGUUUUUAGAGAUAAUAAUCUAGAUGAUUAUGUUGAUGCUGAUGAUGAUGGAAAGAAUUCAAAGGACAAAGAUAAUGAGAAUACCAUUAAAAAUAAACAAGAUGAUGUUGAGGACUUGAAUCAAAAUGAUGAUGAUAAUAAUCCUGAAGAGGCAAAAGAAAAUGAUGAUGAUGGUGAUGAAGAAGCAGAAGAUGAUGGUGAUAAAGAUGAGAGAAAAGAUGAUGAUGAUAGUGAUGAACGAGUAAAAGACGAUGAUGGUAAUAAAGAUGAGAAAAAAGAUGACGAUGAUGAUGAUAAUAAUGAGAAAGAUGAAGAUGUUGAAGAUAAUGAAGAUGAAAAAGAUUUUUCAGAUAUUCUGGUGAUGAUUCAGAUUCUAAUGAUGAUGAAUGUAAGAGGAAAGAUUCUAUCACCUCCAUCUUGUGUUGUUGCUGAAAGUAGAGUACCUCCAUAG